AUGGACCGGCCCCCGGGGCUUCGGCCCGGCGCGGGCGGGCCCUGGGAGAUGCGGGAGCGGCUGGGCACAGGCGGCUUCGGAAAUGUCUGUCUUUAUCAGCACCGGGAACUUGGUAACAAAAUAGCUAUUAAAUCUUGUCGCUUGGAGCUAAGUGCGAAAAAUAAAGACCGGUGGUGCCAUGAAAUCCAGAUCAUGAAGAAGCUGAAUCAUCCUAGCGUUGUAAAGGCCUGUGAUGUUCCUGAGGAGAUGAAUUUCCUGAUUAAUGAUGUCCCUCUUCUAGCCAUGGAGUACUGUUCAGGGGGAGAUCUUCGGAAGUUACUCAACAAACCAGAAAAUUGCUGUGGACUUAAAGAAAGUCAAGUACUUUCUCUGCUUAGUGAUAUUGGGUCGGGGAUUCAAUAUUUGCAUGAAAAUAGAAUUAUUCACAGAGAUCUAAAACCUGAAAAUAUAGUUCUUCAGGAUGUUGGUGGGAAGAUAAUUCAUAAGAUAAUUGAUUUGGGAUAUGCUAAAGACCUCGAUCAGGGAAGUCUAUGCACAUCUUUUGUGGGAACGCUACAAUAUCUGGCCCCAGAGCUCUUUGAGAACAAGCCGUAUACUGCUACUGUUGAUUAUUGGAGCUUUGGGACAAUGGUAUUUGAAUGUAUUGUGGGAUAUAGACCUUUCUUACAUCAUCUGCAGCCAUUUACAUGGCAUGAAAAGAUUAAAAAGAAAGAUCCCAAACAUAUAUUUGCUUUUGAAGAGAUGACUGGAGAGGUUCGGUUUAGUAGCCACUUACCUCAACCUAAUAGCCUCUCUAGUUUCAUAGUGGAGCCCAUGGAGCAGUGGCUGCAGUUGAUGCUGACGUGGGAUCCUCAGCAGAGAGGGGGAAGCCUAGAUCUCCUGCACAAGCAGCCGGCGUGCUUUGUGCUCAUGGAGCAGAUCCUGAACUUGAAGAUAGCACAUAUAUUAAACAUGACUUCUGCAAAGAUAAUUUCCUUCCUGUUGUUUCCUGAGGAGAGUCUUCAUUCACUACAAUCUCGGAUUGAGCAUGAAACUGGAAUAAAUACAGCCUCUCAAGAACUGCUUUUAGAGAUGGGAAUUUCCCUGGACCCCCGGAAGCCUGCUUCUCAGUGUGUUCUAGAUGGAGUACGAGGCUGUGAUAGCUACAUGGUUUAUUUGUUUGAUAAAAGCAAGAUUGUCUAUGAGGGGCCAUUUGCUUCCAGAAAUUUAUCAGAAUGUGUAAAUUAUAUUGUAAAGGACAGCAAAAUCCAGUUGCCAGUUAUGCAGCUACGUAGAGUGUGGGCUGAAGCUGUGCAUUAUGUGUCUGGGCUCAAGGAAGACUACAGCAGACUCUUCCAGGGACAGAGAGCAGCAAUGUUGAGUCUUCUUCGCUAUAAUGCUAACUUAACAAAAAUGAAGAACACCAUGAUCUCAGCAUCUCAGCAACUGAAAGCAAAAUUGCAGUUUUUUCAUCAGAGCAUUCAGCUUGAUUUGGAUAGAUACAGCGACCAGAUGACUUAUGGGAUAUCCUCAGAAAAAAUGUUGAAAGCCUGGAAAGAAAUGGAAGAAAAGGCCAUCCAAUGUGCACAGGCUGGUGAUAUUGGAUACUUGGAUGAGCAAAUCAUGUCCCUGCAUACGGAAAUUGUGGAGCUGCAGAGGAGUCCCUCUGCAAGGCGUCAGGAAGAUGUCAUGGAGUCUCUGGAACAGAAAGCCAUUGAUCUCUAUAAGCAGUUGAAGCCCAGGUCUCCAGAUCAUUCCUACAGUGACAGCUCUGAAAUGGUGAAGAUAAUUGUGCUGACUGUGCAGAACCAGGAUCGUGUGCUCAAGGAGUUGUUUGGGCACCUUAGUAAGUUGUUGGGCUGUAAGCAGAAGAUCAUCGACCUUCUCCCCAAGAUUGAAGUGGCCCUCAAUAGCAUCAAGGAAGCUGACAACAUGGUCAUGUUGAUGCAGGGAAAGAGGCAGAGGGAAAUUUGGCAUCUGUUAAAGAUUGCUUGUACUCAGAGUUCAGCUAGAUCCCUUGUUGGAACCAGUCUAGAAGGUGCAGCCACUUCUCCACCUCCUGCGGGCCUGCCCUCAGCUUUGACAGCUCCCAUGCCUCGUUCUCUGUCAUGUGUACUAAGUGCUCAGGACGGAGAAACUUUUACACAGAUAGUAGAGGAAAAUCUAAAUUAUCUUGGCUGUUUGAGCACUGUAAUUCGUGAGGCAACAGAGGAACAGGGUAAGAAUCUGAUGAGUCUUGAUUGGAGUUGGCUGAAGUAGUGAUGGCCUCUGACUGCCCCAAACCCAUGAAGAUAUUGCUCGUUCUCAUGUCUCCCACAGAUGCGCCAGGAUCUGCUCCAAGGUUAUGCAUGCAGGGACUGGAUUUUCAUUCAUUUUGACAUGUGCUAAUUGAGCUGAAGGUUAUUGGCUUUUUAUAAAAUGUGUACUGUAUAUUUACCAAGUAUAGCCACUUGGGAGCACUGUGAGCCAUCCCUUUGAUGCUUCAAAGCUCGGUCAUUCUAUUUCCCCCCUACUUAUAAAACUGCCCCUUCCUUUAGGCAUUUUUACUUCAGAGAAGUAAAGGUCAGGAGGAGCCUUGUGGAAGCAGAGACCAAUACAAGGGAGGUUUUGGGGCAAGAAUUUCCAGUGACAUUCAGAAACUGGUUUUCCUUCUGAAAACAGAAUCUUUGGUCCCCUCAGUGCCAGUUGUAGGAAUUUGAGUGGAGUCAAUGCAUUCUAUGGUCGUGAAGCCACAACUCUUUUUUCAUGUUGGCUUUUUACUAUUUUAAUGUUUCUCAACUUCAGAAUAUUUUCCAGGCCAGGAAUUGAAGCAAUUUAUGUUGGCAAAGAGAUAGAGAUCUAUUGUUCAGAUGUCUGCUGGCACCAAAGACACUGCCACAGGAGUGAGAAUAAACACGUGCAGAAACCAAACCACACAAGCUUCUUUGGAGUGAGUUGGACAAGAGUUUGUUCCCAUUCCUCUAACAAUACCUUUGGUCCCUGUGAGAGUUGGUAAACUUUCCAAAAAGCACAACUGAUGGUGUAAAUCUGUUGUAUACACUGACAUGUAUAUGUGUUUAAAAUGUACAUUAAUAAUGGCAUAUUCUGCUGUAAUUUAUGUGGAAAUCAGAUCAGCCUUUUAGGUUCUACAAGUGGCGUUGGCUUAACAUCAAUGUCUUCAGGAGUCUUAAUAGGUUUUAUUGUAUAAAUUACAUACAGUAUUUCAAAAAUUUGGACAGUGGUUGUACAAAGAGGAUAAAUGUUUUUGUAUUACAUGUGAACUAAAUGGUGUUUUGUGUAUUAAAUGAUUUUUAGUCUCA